ACCACCGUCCACCGCGCACUGUGGGCUUCGCGGCUGUGCCACCACACAGACCGCUAACCAGUUCAUCCUGAUCAUGCAGGUUUUCGCCCGCAUCAUCGUCGACCUGCUCGUGUCUGCCUUCUUGGCAGCCUCUUCUGCCACUUCGGGGAACUUCGUGCCUGCUGCCAACGGAAGCGAGCCCAGCGUCUGCCUCCUCCCUGUCGCCCAUGCUUCAGGACGUUUGACAGCGCCUCCAGCCCCGCUGUGGAUCAUCGAAACUAAUCCAGCUACCGUAUCGCCGUCGACAACAUCAUAUGCGCAACCUAUAAAGCUGCAACCACCGUCCACCGCGCACUGUGGGCUUCGCGGCUGUGCCACCACACAGACCGCUAACCAGUUCAUCCUGAUCAUGCAGGUUUUCGCCCGCAUCAUCGUCGACCUGCUCGUGUCUGCCUUCUUGGCAGCCUCUUCUGCCACUUCGGGGAACUUCGUGCCUGCUGCCAACGGAAGCGAGCCCAGCGUCUGCCUCCUCCCUGUCGCCCAUGCUUCAGGACGUUUGACAGCGCCUCCAGCCCCGCUGUGGAUCAUCGAAACUAAUCCAGCUACCGUAUCGCCGUCGACAACAUCAUAUGCGCAACCUAUAAAGCUGCAACCACCGUCCACCGCGCACUGUGGGCUUCGCGGCUGUGCCACCACACAGACCGCUAACCAGUUCAUCCUGAUCAUGCAGGUUAGUAGUUGGUAUCAAGCUCAUUCUAAAAAAUCAAGUGAUUACUUUUUGGUGCAGCUGCCAAGCCCACAGUGCUGCAUUUUGCUUAUUUCUGAAUGUAUUGAAGUCAUACGCGCCUUGCUACUGCUAUCAGGGGACAUAGAGACAAACCCCGGUCCUGAAAAAGCCGUCCUCGACGAACUAAAAAAAUUGUCUACUGGCCAGGCCUCACUAAUAUCCGAGAUGCAGAGCCUCAAAACCCAGCUAACGAGCACAAACUGCACUAUUGCUAAUCUAAGCACCCGCCUCACAGACUUAGAAAAUCUCUGCAAAAAUCUUUUAGCUCUCCGAACAGAAGUUGACGCCAUUAACACUAAGACCGGUCAACUAACCCAUCGUAUGUGCGAUAUUGAAGAGCGCCUUGACGACCUCGAGAACCGUUCCCGGCGCAACAAUUUAAUAUUCUACGGUUUUCCUGACACUAACCCGAAGGAAACAUACGUUCAAUCGGAGCAAAUAAUUGUAAGCCACUGUCUUGAACGCUUUGGUCUUAUAGUCGAGCCCAAAGAUAUAGAGCGAGCACAUCGAUUAGGGCGGUACACCACUAACCGCAAACGACCCAUCAUAGUGAAGCUUUCAUCCUUCAAAACUAAAGAAUCUAUCCUCUCAAACGGUCCAAAACUAAAAGGCACAAAUUUCAGCAUUGGGGAAGACUUCACGCGUCCAGUUCGAACCGCCCGAAAACAGCUCAUUGCCUUUGCUAGGAGCAAAUCCGUACCAUUUUCAUUACGUUACAAAACAUUGCAUAUUGGAGCCCAGCGAUACAUCUUUGACACUGCAUCAGGAACUGUCAAAGCCGUAUCGUAGGGAUCAUGUCGCCGUCAGCAACCACGCCAUCAGCACCAUAAAUGCGCAAGAGCGAAUCUUUCAUUUUCUGUACUUUAUACUAACAUACGUAGUUUUCUUCCGAAACGCGUGCUCCUGUCUAAUCUAGUACAAUCAACCGGCAGUAGUAUACUGAUACUAACAGAAACAUGGCUCAAUGACGACAUUUCAGAUACGGAGGCACUGGCUGACUUGCCGAACUUUAACAUUUUUCGCCACGACCGCAAAAAUGCACGUGGCGGGGGCGUACUCAUCGCCACUAACAAAGAACUAUCAUGCUCUCUAAUCAUUACAUCUUCACAACUGGAAUCGCUAUGGGUAAUGUGUCGUGCCCCUCCCGAAGCAAUAACACUUGGGGUAUGCUACAGGCCCCCUCGAACUGAUCCAGAUUUCGCCCUCGAACUUAAUGAAAUAUUAUCCCAGCUUACUAAAAAACACCCCAAUGCACACAUCCUCCUUUAUGGAGACUUCAACUUCCCUAGCAUUAAUUGGCUCAAUCAGGCUUCACCAACUUCAGGAAAUACCGAAGCAAGCGAAUUUAUUGAUGUUUGUCUCAACUUUGGCCUCAUCCAACAAGUAACAGAACCGACGCGCGUCACUUGUGAAUCCUCAAACAUUCUAGACCUUCUACUAACGAAUAACCCCGAAAGCUUAAAAUCUAUCGCAUAUUUACGAGAAAUAAGCGAUCACAAAGUCAUUCAUACCACUUUUAACUUCGUCCCCAAAACACGUCCCGUCUUCCGCAAAACAAUUCACUUGUACGAUAAGGCUAACUAUGAAGCAAUUAAUAAUGAAUUACGAGAUUUUCUGCCUGUUUUCCAAUCCCAUUUCGGUUCCCGUUCCCUCAAUGACAACUGGCUAGUGAUUAAAGACAAAAUUACUGACCUGACUAA